CCCUGCAGAAAUGACAUGCGGAAGUGGUGGUCGUCCAUGCUGGUGAAAAGAGCCUCUGUAGUUGGUGUUGCUAACUAUGAUCUUUGAGUUUACUGGAUAAUUACCUAGCUGCAUUUUACACUCAUAGUGUAGUUAAAUUCAAGUCCAUUAUGGCUGGAAGUCGACUUGAAAAAUUCGGAACAGUGUUCACGCGAGAUCUUAUGCGUUCUGGAGUUGUCAAACAGUCUGACAAGCCCAUUUGGUAUGAUGUAUACAAGACCUUUCCACCCAAGAAAGACCCACUUUAUGUCACAGUGGCCAAGAUCUAUGGGAAGAAAGAAGAUGCUGUGCCUGACAUCUUCUACAGAGAGGAUGAAAUCAGAGCGAAAUUAUAUGAGGUGUAUGGAACAGGGCCCAGAGCUUUUGAUCUCUCCAAAUCCAACUUUGUUUCAACAUGCCAAAGGUUUGUGGAGAUGCACACAGAGUUAGAGAGCUGGGGAGAGCUGGAGAAACAGUACGCACUUCAGCACUCGGCGGCCCUGUUCUGUGGCGUCAGAGACCAGGGAUCCAGUGUUGGGCAUGAAGCUGACAGACAUGCUGGCGGAACUGCAAACAGAUGCAACUGGCGAAACACAGACACCAGGAGAAGAGACGCCAACACAAGCACCAGUGACUCCACAGUAGGCCUCUGCAACAUGGCUUGAACCAUGCUCUUCACCUAGAUGGAACCCACAUGAGGUUGGUGGCACCUUAAUUGAGGAGGACGGGCUCGUGGUAAUGGCUGGAGCGGAAUAGGUGGAAUGGU